GAGAUCUUCCCUCGUGCGUGACCGGCGGACGUCCUUUCCGGACGCUAUGGGAGGGCUCUGGCGCUCGGGAUGGCGGCGCGUCGCUUUCUGCGGCUGGCGCUGGCGUCCCCUUGGCCCCCCGACCAGCGUCGCGGAGAGGGUGGAGCGGUGCCUCAGGCCGGAGAGGAGUGGGACGGGAGGUGCUGAGAGGGGCCUGAGGCUGCUCGGAACAUGGAGGCGCCCGAACCUGGCCCGAGACCUGGCCGUGCAGCCGGCGCGGCGGCCGAAGAGCACGAACCCGCACGCGCGCGCGCAGGACGAGGAAUGGCGGCAGCGAAACAAAACCGUCCUCACGUACAUGGCCGCGGCCGCCGUGGGCAUGCUGGGGGCGUCCUAUGCCGCCGUGCCUCUUUAUCGGCUCUAUUGCCAGACUACUGGACUUGGGGGAUCAGUAGCAGCAGGUCAUUCAUCAGACCAGAUUGAAAACAUGGUGCCUGUUAAGGAUCGCAUCAUUAAAGUCACCUUUAAUGCAGAUGUGCACGCAAGUCUCCAGUGGAACUUUAGACCUCAGCAAACAGAAAUAUAUGUAGUGCCUGGAGAGACUGCACUGGCGUUUUAUAAAGCUAAGAAUCCUACUGACAAACCAGUAAUCGGAAUUUCUACGUACAAUGUUGUACCAUUUGAAGCUGGACAGUAUUUCAAUAAAAUACAGUGCUUCUGUUUUGAGGAACAAAGGCUUAAUCCACAAGAGGAAGUAGAUAUGCCAGUGUUUUUCUACAUUGAUCCUGAAUUUGCUGAAGACCCAAGAAUGGUGAAUGUUGAUCUCAUCACUCUUUCUUAUACUUUUUUUGAAGCAAAGGAGGGCCACCAGUUGCCAGUUCCAGGCUAUAAUUGAAGUCAGUAUCUUAUGAUUCAAAUUUGUGAUUUUUGAAAAAUCAUGUAUCUUGUCUUCUCAGAAGAGAAACAUUCUACAAUAAUGUAUUCUAUUCUUUUUUAUGCUUUCUAUAUUAAAUAUUAUGUACUUCCCCCCAACUAAUUUACCCUACUUAAAAUUGAGAGAAGAGGUUCAGCUUUUUAUUAGAAGAAAUCCACUUGCCUAUUUAGAAUGUAUGACUGUUCAAAGCCGUACUUUGCUAAGGAGUAAUAAAAGAAACUGCUGUGUUUCUUAAAUAUGUAGGCAUGGUUCCUUCCAAAUUACUAGCAUUACCUACCUGUAGUAGUCCUUUUUUUGUUAAUGCCCAGUAUUGUCUCAAGAUCUAGGUCAGAACUUCUGACUAUAUUUCUAAAACACUUGGUUACUACUUUUUUUUUUUCAUUGUGUACAGUCACUAUUUGAAAAGCUCCAAAUGGAAGGGGAAUCACUAAGCCCUAACAGUUUGCCCAAAGAUUAAUUCUGAUUUCAGAUGGGACUGUUUUUCCUUUAAGAUAUAGGGCGAUUUACAUUCAGAGUACUGAAUAAUUACUCUGAAGUUUUGGUAUCAUGAAAUUGAAAUGAAAUGCAAAUAUCUACUAGACUUCUAGUAUUUCUUGUGAUAGCUCCAAGUCCCUGAAUGUUAAAAUAUAAGUGUGGGAAAUGUGAAGAUUACUCACAUAAGUUCUGCAAUGAAAAAACUGUAAAAAAAGAUGUAUUAAAUUGUUUUAAUAGUAA